AUGGGUCUUGGCACCGAUGAUGCCAGUGCCGAUCUGCUUGAUCCAGCAUCCAUGGACGCCUCGGGUUCUCCCACCACUCCUGUGUGCACAUCAAUGGGUCUGCAUGCACAUCUGGGGCCUCAUAAACCUUUUGAUGUGCCUGAUCCACUUGGGUUGCUGAAAGGCCCCAAUUCUGUGCUCAAGGAGGCGUACAAUGACUACCUUGCACUACCAUGCAUCAAAUUGAUUUCAUCUGAGAUCAAAGCGCUUUACUGCACUUUAUCUUCUUACGCUGAGACUGCUGAACCAGCAGUCCUUUCCAAGUCCUCUCAUUCCGAGAGGUCAGAGACGCUCACAGAAGCGCACAGCGCUUCUACUAUCUCUGAGCCGCCACCGGCUCACAUCACUACUCCUGGGUCUGGAACUGUCCCAGACCCACUCAUACACCCUCCUCCACCCCAUGAACUUCUGCUCUCAGAGUGGAGGAGGAUGAGUUUGUUGAGAUUUUCGUGUUUGCUGCAAUCUGGCAAUCACAGUCCCUAUCCUACCCAGUAG